GCGUUUGCACUCGGCAGUAACAGCGACACAUCAGAUAGCCACCCGGAAGCUCUCAACACUCCGGCCGUGACUGCCCACCCUUGCCCACCCUGACGGACCCUGCGUGCAGAUCUCCCUUCCCUUCGCACCUCGCUCCGCUGCCUGCUGCGUCUGCUCUCUGCCAUCGAGACAUCGCGCUGUACAUGUUGCGCCCGCGGCACCACCACCUCAGCUGCCCGACAUUACCGACGCCGUCCCGUCUCCCUUCCCGCCAGCCCGGCCGCGCAGCACGUCAACGAUGAACCCGCUCUCGGUGCGAUGACCUCUCGUCCUGGCCCGGGAAUACAUGAGCAGUCCCGUGGCAGCGGUGUGCCUCCUCGCGCCCAGGUGCGGCGGCGGCGGUCUAAGCCGCUCAACACGGCGCUUCCCCAGCCCGACUGCAUCGAUCCCACCCUGGAGGACGAGCGACCGCCUGCACACCAUGGGACCGCCAAGACAGCGAGACCACUGCCACGGGGGUGGCCGCAGCUGUUCUUCGGCACCGCCCCGAGCGACUACGAGCUGCCCAUCCACCCCACGUUCCCCUACCAGCCGACCGCGAACCUGCCCGUCCCGCCGCGGCCAGGCUCCGUGCACCUGCACGAUACCUCGAGCCAGCGGCGCAUUGUGCUGGGAGGGACCGGCGUGAAGGAGCAUCCUGGUGUCCAGCCGCCGGAGGUCAUCUCUGCGCCUGUCCACUUCCCGGGGGGCAAAGCCGCCGAUGUGUUUCCAUGGACCGGCGCCAACCCCGAGGACACGCUGACGGAGACGCUGGUCAAGGGCGGGAUCAGCAACAAGCCGCAGAUUAUGAACGAGACGAACACGGCCCGUCCUUCGCUGUGGUCGAACCUGAAGAACAAGUCAGGCCUGUCCACCCUGUCGACGCUGUUUGUCGCUGUCCUCGAGAAGCGCCAGCAGACCGGACGUCUCCAGGAGCCGAAUACCUUCAAGCCUCCUCCCCGCCUAACCCUCCGCGACACCGCCAGAGAGCAGUGGCUGUACGACCUCUCGAAUCCAGGCAUUGGCCUCCGUCGCUUGAGUCGCACCAUACCUCACGGCCUCACCGGCAAGGUGCUGCUGGAGCAGUGUCUCAACAAGACCAUACCGCUUCCAAGGGCUCUGUGGCUGGCCAAAUGUGUGGGCAUCAACGAGCUGCGUGCGCACAAGCGAAAGGGGCAGGCAGGCACCGUGACAUGGGUUAGAGGCUGGACAAGCUCGGUGGAGCAGUUUCUAGACGGCAUUCUGCAGAAUAUUGGCACUGGAGAGUGGAAGCAACGCAUCACGUACUCACUCCAGCUGGCGACCUUCUUGUACAAGGAAUGCCUGCUGGAUGUGGACCACUUUCUAGACUGGAUACUUUCCAGUUUAGGAGCUUGUACAUCCGAGCGCCUAUUCAUCUGGCUUCUCAUUGUAUCUAUUCCUGCUUAUUGGAAAGAUAUCACAGCUUGUCGAGUGCGUGGCAGGCGUCUGGCAGAGGCGCUGCUCAACCAUAUAACAAAGCUUUCCCAUCACGAUGCUGGGAUACCACCGUCACGAUUAUCGCAUUUCCUCGAAAACACCCUGAUCAAGCUCCUCGCCAUACGUCCAGCAUGUUUAUUGCUUCCUGACUCCUGGCAUCAACACAGCACUACCCUCCACGGUCUCGCAGAGAGGACCAAUCAUCCUCAGAUCUUGCACGGAGUGAAGAGGCUGGACGAACGGAACCGCCGGUUACAGCAGUCGUCCAAGAUCGACCCAGCGGCUUCUAUGACGUCUAUAGGUCGAGUCUACCGCAUACUUGACGAAGUCGAUUACAGCAACAUGGUUCGCAUUGAGCACGUCUCCACCGAUUGCAUGGAGGUCAUUCCUAAUCCCAUCAACCUGGUCAAAGUCCUUCUCCAGUGGGCAUGUUCAUGUUAUCGCGAAGGCUCGCACAGGGUGUGUCUGGCAACACGGCUACUCCGCAGUUGGGCCCACCUUGGUGCAGACAUAUACGAAUGCAUUACGACAUACCUUGAGGGUAUGAGUUGGGCCAAGGGUGGCGACUCUCGUAUGGUCUUCAAGAUCAUCUCGGAAUUGGUACGCUCUAGGACGUUUGCAGCUGGUCGGUAUAUGCAGUGGCUCAUUGCUACUGGAUCGAUUGCUCAAGAUUUGGAUUUAUCGCACGCUGCCGCAUGGCCUGUACGUCUCAUCACAGAGAUACCCAUCAGUGGACUGCCUGAUCAAGUUCGCACCUUACGUGCAACGCUCCUACGCGGGACAGAUCACUCUGCGGAUUUAGAGGUCCAGACGUUAAUGGACGCCAAGAACGUCAUCUCGCAGCAGAUGCCUGCACUAUGCGGCACAGAAUAUCUAGGCUUGGUUGAUUGCAAGUUGGAUAUUGCCACACUUGGCCCUACAGUCAGGAUUGAGCUUGGUAUCUGGCUGCGUCAGCAGGUCGCUCGAUAUGCCGAGGUCAAUGAGCAUGUACCCACAAAGGACCCUCAUGUUGAGGAAACUGGCGCAGUUUCCCUGAUCACCUCCUACGACUUCCAUACCGUACGAUCUUACCUCGAGCAGUUCGAAGACCUUCCGUUGCUCGCGGAUGUGGUCAACAUUGUUAUGUCCUCACUGGACCCUAGUGUACUCGCCUCUGCCACGGAUACUAUGCAUUACCACCUGAAGGCUUUCCGUGCCAUUGGCGCCUUCGACGCCCUCUUUAGUAGAGUGGUGACAAGAUAUGCUGCUAUCCGGACUGUACGAUUCCCCGAACGCGAACUCUUACUCAGCCUUCUCAAUCUUACACGAACACUACGCUUGGAUAAUUCACUCCUGCAGCUGCUCAAUUAUGACAUAAGCCGGCUCGAUCAGAAGAACUCCAUGGCUGCCUGUUCUCCAGCAUCCGACAACAUGGGUGAGGUGAUGUACAACAACAUCUCAUCUAGUCCUGAAGAAGAGAUUGAGCGUAUCCUUUCCAGUGGCAACUCUAUGGAUCAACAGGUCAUGGCUCGCGUACUACGUAAGAUCACUGGUAGUCUACAGGACUGUGUCAGUAAAGAAUUUCUGCAGUCUGAUAGCUAUUCCAGUUGGUUCUAUCGUCUGCGUAGCUUCGACGACUCAACCUUUGAUGUUGUUCUAAAUGAGUGGGUAAACAUGUCUUUGAUCAAUCAUCAAGUCGAAGUCCUGUUCCUCGCGUUGCCGACCCUAGUUGGAUCAGGCUGUAUGCCUCUCUCUGGUUUCUUGGACAGCUUACGAGCUUAUGUGGGCAAGACAGCGCCUGGACAGCCCGAGAUAGCCUUCCGUGUCGCUUUAGAGGGUCUUCAAAGCUUACUACCUUCGGAUGUCCUCACAGGCACAUGGUCGGCGCAAGACAGGUACCGCUACCGAUUGGAACAGCACAACCUGUGCUAUGAGGCAGAUGCACGCGUACUUCAGUUCAUUGGCGAACUCGUUGAACUCGGCACUACCCUACCGACACAGAAAGUGGGGCAACCGCUGCGGAAUCUCUUAUCUAGCAGUGCCGUGUUGGGGAUCUUGAAGCACUACACACUUGCAGGCGAGACCUCGUUGUCUAAGCUCAAUGCGGCAAGUUCGAAUGGAGACCUGAAGAGACAGUAUCUGAAGUUCUCGUUCAGCUCGUUAUUGGAUCCCGCCGGUGAUCUUGAUCUAGUCGAAAAGACUCCGGAAGAGCAGAUACUCGCAAUCUUCGACAUUGCGAGUGAGCUUUCGAUGCCUUUCUGCAGAUCUACGAUUCAGCAGAUCUUCGAGACAGAAUCGACAUCUACAGAGCAGUCGUCCGACAGUCUCUCUGCCGCUCUUCUGGACGCUAUCAAGUCAGCCAUGGAGAAAGACCAGACGUCUGGGUUAGAGCUCCUGGCCAACCUAGAUAACGCUCUGACAGACAAGAUCCGUCAACAUGCCGAGCGCGAGAUUAUCGAUGCAUCGUCUUUUUUCACAACGUCGCCCUUCGAUUUGCAAAGCUUGAGCCAGACAUCACCCUCAUCGGUCCAGAAGUUUCUUGCUGUUAUCGAUCUGACUGCAGGAGAUGGCUCGGACUCUUCUGAUCAAUCCGCACUGUUAAUGGCCCUAGUCGACAGAUUCAAGGGUGUAGCCCAGGCUCUAAGUACACUGAGCGGUAUGGCGAAACCUCCAAGUCACAGUGACAACUUGACAGUGUCGGACCUGUACACUUGGACGAAUGCUCUGUUCCGAGUGCUGCUCUCGCACAGCACGUCGCUUCUGCAGAACGCAACACACCAGCAUCAGACCGCCCUGAUGAUCGCCUUGAAGUCUUUGAUUGUCCACCCGGUUUUCGAAGUGUACCCACGAAUCGCCGAACACAUCUUCGAUGUCGCUGUCGUCCUGUCCGAUCUACUCUCCGACGAUGUACGCAAUCAGCUCGCACGCGCCGAGACUGCUGCAUGCACAGACGAUCCUCGGUGCUCGUUCAUCGUCGGCCUGGCGAUGCCAAUCGAUGGAUGGCUCGUACUGACAAAGCCCGUGCCCCAGCCACAACCCACUCAGAACCUUGCGCCAUCACAACCACAGACUCCAGCUCCCAAUCAAUACCAGAAUCCGCAGAUGCUCGGGUCGGGCGCACCGACGCCCCAGCAAAGAUACUUCAACCAACAACAGCAACGUCAGCAGCAAAUGCAGGCGCAACACGCACAACAGAUGCGCAGCUACCCUCAAUACCCUCAGCACACCCACCCACAGAACAAAAUGCUGCCCGCCCAACUCCAGCGCAACCCCUCGAACCAAUCGACUCCAAGUCCCUUGCAGCAAAUGCAGCACAUGCAACACAUGCAGCACAUGCAGCACAUGCAGAGUCUUGCCCAACAACGUGCCACCCAGCCAUCGCCAGUGCAGUCACAGCGUCCUACUCCUGCAGCAGGUGGUCCUGGGACCUCAACGGUCAAGCUCCCAAUACAACCGAAAGAAGUCAGACAGUUUCCGUAUGCGCAGCCGCGCUGGGAGAUUCUGGCUGAGAGCUCUGGGAAUCCGAAUGCGAACGAGACGGCGAUCAACUUGAGUUUGUUUGGGGCCAGGCGGGCUUGACCAACGCGGGUGGUCUCCAGUGCACAUAAUCCCUUUUGAUAUUUAAUAGCGUUUCGUAUGUCCAUUUUCUUGGGGUAUUUGGGUUUACAUGUGUGCAGUGUAGCGGUGGCGUUGCUUUCGGUGGCCCCUCAUGACAUGUCUGCAUAUCACGGUGUUUGGUGUUUU